ACAAAGAGGAAGUGGGCAGAAGAGGAAACAACAGGCGGUGGGGAGGAGACAGGUGGGCGGGAGGAGAGGCAGCCACUGAGCCCGCCCGCGAGUGCGAGCAGGAGGCCUGCAGUCUGCGGCGGAGCCACGAUGAGCAUCAGGGCAGGACCCCCAGAGGUUCUGGGGUUGCUGGCCAUGCUGGGACUGGGCUCCGUGAUGCUCACCUAUCUCCUGUGGCAACUGCCCCUUCUUCCCACCGCGGGCCGAGCGCACCCCCAGGGAGGGCCUGCCGGGUCCUGGGGCCUUGGCUCCAGCCUGGCUUGGGAGCCCCUGGGAGGGGAGCCCCAGCAGCAGCCGCAGAAGGACUCCUGCCGCCUCGUCCUCGUGGAAAGCAUCCCCCAGGACCUCCCGUCUCUAACAGGCAGCCCGUCAGCCCAGCCCCUGGCCCAGGCCUGGCUGCAGCUGCUGGAUGCCGCCCAGGACAUCCACGUGGCCUCCUUCUACUGGUCUCUCACGGGCCCCGACAUUGGGGUCAACGACUCGUCUUCCCAGCCGGGAGAGGCCCUUCUACAGAAGCUGGAGCAGCUGCUAGACAGGAACGUUUCCUUGGCUGUGGCCACCAGCAGCCCGACGCUGGCCAGGAAGUCCACCGACCUGCAGGUCCUGGCAGCCCGAGGUGCCCAGGUGCGACACGUGCCCCUGGGAAAGCUGACCGGUGGCGUUUUGCACUCCAAGUUCUGGGUGGUGGAUGGGCGGCAUGUCUACGUGGGCAGUGCCAACAUGGACUGGCGGUCCCUGACACAGGUGAAGGAGCUCGGCACCAUCAUCUACAACUGCAGCCGCCUGGCCCAGGACCUGGAGAAGACCUUCCAGACCUACUGGGUGCUGGGGGCGCCAGAGGCAGUCCUCCCCAAACCCUGGCCUCGAAACUUCUCAUCCCACAUCAACCGCUUCCAGCCCCUCCGGGACCACUUUGAUGGGGUGCCCACCACGGCCUACUUCUCAGCGUCACCACCCGCGCUCUGCCCCUCCGGCCGCACCCGGGACCUGGACGCGUUGCUGGAGGUGAUGGGGGGCGCGCGGGAGUUCAUCUAUGCCUCGGUGAUGGAGUAUUUCCCCACCACUCGCUUCCGCCACCCCACCAGGUACUGGCCGGUGCUGGACACAGCGCUGCGGGCGGCGGCCAUCGGCAGGCAUGUCCGGGUGCGCCUGCUGGUCAGUUGCUGGCUCAACACGGACCCCAGCAUGUUCCCCUACCUGCGGUCCCUGCAGGCCCUCCGCAGCCCCGCGGCCAACGUCUCCGUGGACGUGAAAGUCUUCAUCGUGCCAGUGGGGAACCACUCCAACAUCCCAUUCAGCAGGGUGAACCACAGCAAAUUCAUGGUCACAGAGAAGAUGGCCUACAUCGGCACAUCCAACUGGUCAGAAGAUUAUUUCAGCAGCACCUCGGGUGUGGGCCUGGUGGUCACCCAGAGGGCCUCGGGCACCCGGCCGGAGGGGACCGCUGUGCAGGAGCAGCUGCGGCAACUGUUUGAGCGAGACUGGAGCUCCCCUUACGCUGUCGGCCUGGAUGGACAAGCCCAGGGUCAGGACUGUGUUUGGCAGGGCUGA